UCACCUCCUUACAGGAUGUUCCUGUAUGAGACACCAUCAGUAACCAUACGACAGGAGAAAGAAAAAGUUUCCAGAAAGAGAGCAAGAGGAGCGGAGUGUCGCUCGGUGUGAGCACGCAAAGACAAGCAGGCGCUCUUUUGCUUCUUCUUGUCCUGGAAAUAAUCUUUCAGUUCCUUCCUUUGAUUUCACAUUUUUGAUAUUACGCGCGUCGCUGUCCGGGGGGAUCCCUUCUCUGCGGGCUUUCCUUUUGCACAAUUGACACCCAGACUUGGUGUUGAUAAACAGUCUAGAAGAAGGAGAAAGAGAGGAAGAAGAGCUGGACCAGGGCGGACCAAAGGGGGCCAAAAACUCACCAGGUAUGGCGGCGGUGUUGCCAAGAACCCUGGGUGAGCUGCAGCUCUACCGAAUUCUGCAGCGGGCGAACCUGCUCUACUACUACGAGGCCUUCAUCCAGCAGGGCGGUGACGACGUGCAGCAGCUGUGCGAGGCCGGGGAGGAGGAGUUCCUGGAGAUCAUGGCCCUCGUUGGCAUGGCCAGCAAGCCGCUCCACGUGCGCCGCCUGCAGAAGGCACUGCGGGACUGGGUCACCAACCCGGCCAUCUUCAACCAGCCGCUCACAUCGCUGCCCGUCUGCAGCAUCCCGGUCUACAAGCUGCCUGAGGGCUCGCCCACGUUGCUCAGCGGACAGGACCGAGCCAACACCGCCAGCGUCAAGAUGCCCAAAGCCGUCGCAGCCGCCUGCUCCGACCCAGGGAAGCUGGACGUGGCACGGGACAAAGUGUCAGCCGGGUCACCCCUGCAGGGCAGCAGCGAGGCACGAUUCUGGUCGGGCCACAGCAACGACAGUGAGCACAGCCUGUCGCCGUCGGACCUCGGCUCCCCGUCCUCACCGAGGGACGCUUUAGAGGCUCUUGACGCCGCGGCCGUCCAGUCAGUCCUGGAGUGCGUGGACAGGAUGGCACCUGGACUUCCUAAGACAGACCUAGCUGAGGUCAAAGAGCAGCUGAAGAACAACAAGAAACUGGCAAAGAUGAUCGGACACAUCUUUGAAAUGAGCGACGAUGACCCGCGGAGGGAAGAGGAGAUUCGUAAAUACAGCGCCAUCUAUGGACGCUUUGACUCCAAGAGGAGGGACGGCAAACACCUGACGCUGCAUGAGCUGACGGUGAACGAGGCGGCGGCCCAGCUCUGCAUGAGGGACAUGGCUCUGCUGACUCGUCGAGACGAGCUGUUCGGACUCGCCCGCCAGAUUUCCAGAGAGGUCACCUACAAAUACACCUACCGCACCAGCAAGUCUCGCUGUGGAGACAGAGACGAGCCAUCCCCUAAAAGGAUUAAGACAGAGGAGAACUUCUUCGACAUCCAGGAGGCGCUGCAGGCCAUCCACAUGAGGCAGGAGAUGCUGAGGGAGCAGCUGGCCUGCGCCAAGUCGAAAGGAGAAGAAACCGUCGGACGAAACCUGCAGAUGCAGCUGGAGCGUCUGCUGGCCAGGCAGAUGGAGAUCCUCCAGGAUGCCGCCGUACAAGAGCGACUGCAGGCUCUGGACUGGAGGAUCCCCCCAGCUGCCUUAAAGUACCUCAAUGACGCCCAGAACACCAACGGAGCUGCCACUGACGCCAGCAGAGACAACCAAGAUGAGAGACCAAUCAACUUGCGGGUGGUUAGUCAGAACAUGCAGGAAGGUGACCUCCCAUUGGGCAAACAGCUGGCCAAUGAACUGAAGCGCCAUCACAACCACAACAAUAACAACAACACAGACGAGACCAAAACACCAGCAACAGAAAAUGGAACGUCACAGCGAGCGUCCAGCAACACAGAGAAGAAGACCAUCAAGUCAGAGCCGGAAGACUCCACAUAGUGCCUCCUGCCUCCCGCCUCCCACUACCCCUGCCCCUCCACCCCAUGUACCCACCCUCAAUUCAUUCUACUCACACUUGACAGUAUGCAGUUAUUACCCAUCAAUAGAUACUAAGCAAGCACAGCCACAGUAGAGCCUUAACAACCAAUGUUGCCUCAUGAAUAGCAUUUAUUUUUCUUUGAUUUUGUCUUUUUAUUUUAGUUUAUUUUUUGGGUUUUUUUUUGGGGGGGGGGGGUUGUUUGUUUAAAAUGUAUUUGCCAAAGCACCUAGAGAGCAUGUUGAGAAGCCCUUCAAUGCUCUACAGGUCUUUGUUGAUUAAUUGUACACGUUAGAUGUACUUGUAAUUUAAGAGUGAUCCGUUGUAGACAUUUGUAUACUCUUUACCUCUGCCCGGGUGGUAUUUUUGUUGCUUUCUUUGGACAGGCUGUGAUGCUGGGGCUGAGUCUUUACUCAAGCGUAGAUUCAGAAAUGAAACAAAAGCAGAAAUGUUGGCUGCAUUGCUGCAUGUCCACUCAUUGGCGGGUUUCGCAUCUCAGUAACAUUUUUUAACAAUAUAGCUAGUGUUUUUAAAACUGCCAAUAUUCAACCAACGAUUUAAAAUUCCAAAAUAUUUCAGGGAUUCAGUGUUUCUCCUUCAGAUUUUUAGCAACACUAGUGGUGGUGCUCUGGCAAUGCUCCACUUUGGUCAAGACUUAAAUAUCUUGGGUGGAUUACCAUUAAGUUUGGUACGGACAUUCAUCAAGACUUGAUGAUCCCUUUACUUUUGAUUAAGCACCACCUGCAGGUCAACAUCAUCAAGUCAAAACAUAAUUGUCCACUACGUUUUGUUUUUGAAAUACCUGCACAACAACUGACAUGCCCAGUUCACAGUGUAUGGUGCUAAUUAGCAAUUGUUUGCUAAGCUGGUGACCAUGACAAACACUACUCGCUAAACAUUAGCAUUUAGAUUGAAAGCCAUUCAAGCCAUCAACACAAUAAUGGUAGACAUGCAAAAUGUUACCUAAUUUUGAGAUUUAUUUCUAGGAACAUAAUUGUCUGUGGGCUGCAGUGGCUGGUAUGCAAACAUUCGCAAUCCAUUUUCAGAACUUUACAAGGAAAUGAGGAAAUCUUCGCCCUAGGUCUUCUGAGCCUCCGCCAUUCUCCCAAAUCUAACUUUGGUGUCCAAAUGUAAAAGUGUAAAAGUACUGUAGGGAGAUUGAGUUGGGAUUCAGCCCCUGUUGCAGGUUAGUUUUUUGUCGUUCACUUCAAAUGGGAAAACGGGAGAGAUGGGAUUAAUCCGUCUUUCCUCACUCUUGUUUUGUGUAUAUUUAUGGGAGGUAAUAUAAGAAGAGGAUGUAUAGGAACUGUUGUGGAAUAACAGCAGGGGACCUCUGUCAUUCGUCUUGGCAGGAUGGCUGGGCUGGCAUGCCGGAGGCCGAGCUAAUUGGUUCAUUUCACUUUGUAAUUUAGCAAAACACUGCUGUUGAGCUGAAACCACGCAUCUGCAAACAGGGAGUAUUUCAGGAAUAAAGCCUGGGUAUUUUUUAGAAAUGAUCCAACAAGUUUUCAGAGGGCCCCACAGGUCGUAAAAUCCACUCAACACGCAAGUGUUCGACUGAAACGGAGUCAAAUAUUAAAGAUUGCAGGUAUGUGGUUUUUCAUCAGCAGAAGCAAAAAGCAAAAUUCACGUUUAUUGCUGUUCUUCGCAGAGCAGCAGCCUGGGGGUCUGUAAAUAGUACCAAGAUAACAAAUAGUGCUAGCCUAAUCUCUCAACCAGGGUUUUCCUUUGUCAAGUGUAACUUUGCUGUAGAUUUUUGGUGUCGAUACAGUGUUUAUGUAUGUAGAGCAAAAACAAAAAAGAAAACUUAAGUGUCAUUGAGGAAAAAAAUACAACAGUGUGAAAGUGGUAUAUAAAAACAUGCUUUACAUGAUGAUAAUGUUGAUUAGCCUUAGCUCUUAACAGUGUUUAAUCCACCUGUGAUGGCCAUCAGUGCAUAUUUCAAAGAUGUGUUUUUGCUGUUUAGAGGUAAAUACAUAACAAAUAAGUGUUCACUGUGUUUUUAUGUGUUUGCCACACUGUGUAAAUACGUCUGUUUGGUCCAAAAUGAUAACAAUGUCCAGACAAUUUGGUCUAACUCUCCUUUCCCCCAACUCCCUACAGAUAGUUUAGUCUCACUCAGCGUAUUGACAGACCAAUGCAAUAUUUAUGUAAGUAAUAAGUCUAUUUGCAUACUAUAUGGAUCCAUCAUUUUGUUGUGUGCCCAGUAACUGUGUGUCUGUCAUGAACUUCAGGGUGGGGAACUCACCUGCAACUUGGAAAUGUUUGUGUUGUCUCCCUUUCGGUGCGCAGGGCACUGUGUUUGUAUUUAAAGACAUUGUGUUCUUUUCACGAGGUUUCAUUGUUUUGUUUCGAGCAGCCACUAUGGCGAGAAACUAGCGUGAAUUCUGAGUCGUGAUCUGUUGUAAAAAUCUAGUCGGCGAAAGCUGAACUAGCUGGUGAAUUCUGGGAGAUAAAGCCAUCAUGGCUCGGGGACAAGAAACCUGUAGUUUCCAGCCGGAUUGGCUCAAACACUGGCCUAGUUAGCGUGACUGUUGUACGAUGUUUCAGAGACUAGCGCAUGUCUGACCUGCCGUCUCACUGAUCACUGUUCUCCACACUGUUUAUUGUAAAGUGAUAGAUUAGGCUUCACCUAGUUAUGCACCUGUUUUUUAAACACUAAUAUAUUUUAUUUGUUAUACAGCACAUAAACAUUAAACUUUAUUUUUUU